AUGAAAAACUCAUUUAACAAGCCAUUUUGUGUUUCACUACUUUUUCUUGCGUUCUUUUUCUCUCUUGUUGGUGGAGAUGUUUCCAAGAAAUGCAAGGAGGGAACAAAAUCCGGUUACAUUUGUUCUGGUGUUAGCAAUAAGGUUGUUGCGGACAACAAUUUUGCUACAUCACUUAUGCGACAAUCAACCGCGAGUUCGCGAGUAUACAGAGAAUCAGUUCCAGUGUAUGCUAAGCCUACAUAUGUAUAUACACCUUCACAACCUUUAUUGUCCAUCUAUGGAACUUCAUCAAGUCCACAGAGAAAACCUCCUAAGGUACCUAAACAUACUUAUCCAGCAUAUACGACCUCUCAGAAGGUGUCUUAUGUAAAUUAUCCUCAACCAAAGGUCUAUAGGAGAUCACUAUUGAAGCUGCUACCAAGUGCAGGUUAUGACCAACCUCCUACUAUAUCUUCACCACCUAUUCAAACACCUCCUAUUUACCAGCCACCACCAUCAUCACCCACUCCUGUCUACAAACCUCCACCAAGCCCACCACCAACUCCUGUCUACAAACCUCCACCAAGUCCACCGCCUCCUCCACCAAGCCCACCACCAACUCCUGUCUACAAACCUCCACCAAGUCCACCGCCUCCUCCACCAAGCCCUCCGCCUACUCCUGUUUACAAGCCUUCACCAAGCCCACCGCCUACUCCACCAAGUCCACCACCCACUCCUGUCUACAAACCUCCACCAAGUCCACCGCCUACUCCACCAAGCCCACCACCAACUCCUGUCUACAAACCUCCACCAAGCCCUCCGCCCACUCCUGUCUACAAACCUCCACUAAGUCCACCGCCUCCUCCACCAAGCCCACCACCAACUCCUGUCUACAAACCUCCAUCAAGUCCACCGCCUCCUCCACCAAGCCCUCCGCCUACUCCACCAAGUCCACCACCCACUCCUGUCUACAAACCUCCACCAAGUCCACCGCCUACUCCACCAAGCCCACCACCAACUCCUGUGUACAAACCUCCACCAAGCCCUCCGCCUACUCCACCAAGCCCACCACCCACUCCUGUCUACAAACCUCUACCAAGUCCACCGCCUACUCCACCAACAACUCCUGUCUACAAACCUCCACCAAGCCCUCCGCCUACUCCACCAAGCCCACCGCCCACUCCUGUCUACAAACCUCCACUAAGUCCACCACCUUCUCCACCAAGCCCUCCGCCUCCUCCACCAAGCCCACCACCAACUCCUGUCUACAAACCUCCACCAAGUCCACCGCCUCCUCCUCCAAGCCCUCCGCCUACUCCACCAAGCCUACCACCCACUCCUGUCUACAAACCUUCACCAAGUCCACCGCCUACUCCACCAAGCCCACCACCAACUCCUGUGUACAAACCUCCACCAAGCCCUCCGCCUACUCCACCAAGCCCACCGCCCACUCCUGUCUACAAACCUCCACUAAGUCCACCGCCUCCUUCACCAAGCCCACCACCAACUCCUGUCUACAAACCUCCACCAAGUCCACCGCCUCCUCCUCCAAGCCCUCCGCCUACUCCACCAAGUCCACCACCUACUCCUGUCUACAAACCUCCACCAAGUCCACCGCCUACUCCACCAAGCCCACCACCAACUCCUGUCUACAAACCUCCACCAAGCCCUUCGCCUACUCCACCAAGCCCACCGCCCACUCCUGUCUAUAAACCUCCACUAAGUCCACCACCUCCUCCACCAAGCCCUCCGCCUCCUCCACCAAGCCCACCACCAACUCCUGUCUACAAACCUCCACCAAGUCCACCACCUCCUCCACCAAGCCCUCCGCCUACUCCACCAAGUCCACCACCCACUCCUGUCUACAAACCUCCACCAAGUCCACCGCCUACUCCACCAAGCCCACCACCAACUCCUGUGUACAAACCUCCACCAAGCCCUCCGCCUACUCCACCAAGUCCACCACCCACUCCUGUCUACAAACCUCCACCAAGCCCACCACCAACUCCUGUGUACAAACCUCCACCAAGCCCUCCGCCUACUCCACCAAGCCCUCCGCCUACUCCACCAAGCCCACCGCCCACUCCUGUCUACAAACCUCCACUAAGUCCACCGCCUCCUCCACCAAGCCCACCACCAACUCCUGUCUACAAACCUCCACCAAGUCCACCACCUCCUCCACCAAGCCCUCCGCCUAAUCCACCAAGCCCACCACCCACUCCUGUCUACAAACCUCCACCAAGUCCACCGCCUACUCCACCAAGCCCACCACCCGCUCCUGUCUACAAACCUCCACCAAGUCCACCGCCUCCUCCUCCAAGCCCUCCGCCUACUCCACCAAGUCCACCACCCACUCCUGUCUACAAACCUCCACCAAGUCCACCAAGCCCACCGCCCACUCCUGUCUACAAACCUCCACCAAGCCCUCCGCCUACUCCACCAAGCCCACCGCCCACUCCUGUCUACAAACCUCCACUAAGUUCACCACCUCCUCCACCAAGCCCACCACCAACUCCUGUCUACAAACCUCCACCAAGUCCACCACCUCCUCCACCAAGCCCUCCGCCUACUCCACCAAGCCCACCACCCACUCCUGUCUACAAACCUCCACCAAGUCCACCGCCUACUCCACCAAGCCCACCACCAACUCCUGUCUACAAACCUCCUCCAAGCCCUCCGCCUACUCCACCAAGCCCACCGUCUACUCCUGUCUACAAACCUCCACUAAGUCCACCGCCUCCUCCACCAAGCCCCCCGCCUCCUCCACCAAGUCCACCACCAACUCCUGUUUACAAACCUCCACCAAGUCCAUCGCCUCCACCACCAAGCCCAUCACCCACUCCUGUCUACAAACCUACACCAAGUCCACCCCCACCAGGGUAUGGAAGUCCUUCACGUUUUGGUUAA